UAGAGAUAGCUUCACGCGAUUGUUAGUUUUUACUAACAAUCGCGUGAAGCUAUCACAACAUGGCCUAUUUUUGGAAAGUCGUUCCCCAUUUAUGGCCUUUCGUUGUCCUCCCUUCCUCUCUCUCACCUACUUCCCACCACAGUUUCCUAUCACCAUUCCCAUCAUCACCACAGACACUCGCUCAAACAACCACCAAAAUGGCAUCCCUCAUAACCCUAAUCAUAUUCCUCCUCCUCUCCCUCUCCCACCAAUCCCCCCCCCCCUCCACCGCCCCCCCCUCACAACCUGGACCUCCCUAAUCCUCACCCACCACGGCGAGCGCCGCCCCCUCCUCACCCACCCCCACUCCACCCUCACCCCCCUCGGCGCCCACCAAGCCCACUCCUCCGGCUCCCUCCUGCGCCGCCGCUACCUCACCGGUCCCUCCGCGUACAACACCUCUUUCGUCCCCCUCCACGGAUUCCACAAAAACUACAUCGAUAACCAGAGAGUCCAGGUCCUGUCGGCGCCGGAGCAACCGGUUGUCGCGAGUGCGUGGGCGUUUUUGCAGGGCUUGUAUCCUCCUGUUGAUGCACCGGCGAUGGUGGGGGGGAGUCCGAAGGCGGGGACGGCGGGGGGGAGGGAUUGGAAUAACAUCUGGAUCGCUGGGUCUGACCGGUGCGCUCUGCACGCUGCCUCUACUGCGGCGCAGAUCAACAGCAGUGUGUAUAUCGACACUACCGAAGCAAGCGCGCCGUUUUUCGCGUCUAUGAUCCCAAGUGUGUUUGGGGGGGUGGUUCCGGAGAUGAUGGUGACGUACCAUAAUGCCCCCGCGCUGUACGACUACGCUGCGUACGCUACGCUGCAUAACUCCACUGUUGCUGAGACGCUGCCUGCGUCGGCGCUGGCGAGGUUGAGAGCGUUGGCUGGGAAAAGGUUUUGGGGGGUUCACGGUGUGCAGAGAGGCACGGGUGAGGGGGAGGAGGGAGAUGGCGAGCAAGACGCUAUUCUGAAACCCAUAGCCGGCCGCACAUUCGCAGAGCGCGUUCUCUACCUCUUAACCCGCACGACAACCUCCGAGCGGCCGGGGGCGCUGAAUCUGCUCUUCAGUUCCUCCGCCCCAUUCGUGGGCUUCUCCUCCAUCUCCGGGCUUGCAGAGCAGGAUGCACGGUUUAAAGGCGUGGUGGAGCCGGGGAGUAUGAUGGUUUUCGAAGUCUUCUCCUAUACCGACCCCGAGGCUGGGAGACCGGGGAAGGAGGAUCUGUGGGUUAGAUUCCUUUAUCGGAAUGGCACGGCGGAGGGGGCGAGGUUGGUGGGGUACCCGCUUUUUGGACGGGGGAGGAGUAAGAUGGAUAUGCGCUUCUCGGAGUUUGAGAAGGAGAUGGGGGCGAUUGGGAAGGGGGUGGGGGAGUGGUGUGAGGUUUGUGGGGUGGGACCGGUGUUUUGUCCUGCGUUUGUGGAGGGGUUGGAUAAAGGGCGGAAAGAGGAGGAAGAAAAAGGGAAGGAUGGGGAUGGGGAGGGUGGGAAGAAGAAGAAGAAGGGGACGACGGCGUUGGAGUUGGGACUUGGGCUUGGGGCGGCCGGGUUUGUGGUGGUGUUUGGGGGUUUGGUGAUGGUUUUUUGUGCGAGGUCGCGGAGGAGGAAAGAGGUGAGGGAUAAGGAGGAGGGGUGGGAGAUGGGGGAUAGGGGGGCGAAGGAGGAGAGGGUGAGGAGCGGAGCGGAUUAUGAGGUUAGGAAUGAGGAUGAGGAGACGGUUAAUCCGAUGAGGGAGCCGGUGAGGGUUGAGGAUCGGGUUUAG